AUGUCGCCCGUCAUCGCCACUAUCACGCCUACGACUCUGCUGAUUGCAGUUGCCGCGUUGUCUUCUUACACCAUAUACCUAUGGCUUUUGCCGAAGCCAAUCCCAGGCAUACCGUACAACGAAGAAGCCGGCAGAAUUGUCAUGGGAGACAUCCCAUCUCUCCUGGAAAGCCAGAAGCAGGACAUCUCUCUUUGGCGAUGGGUCGCUUCCCAGUGCGAAAAGCUCCAGUCUCCCAUCAUCCAGCUGUGGCUGCGCCCCUUCUCACGGCCUCUGGUUAUCGUCGCAGACUUUCGCGAGGCGGAAGAUAUCAGCAUGCGACGAGCCAAAGAGUUCGACCGGGCAGACAGCCUGGACUCAAUCUUCGGCCCCAUCUUCCCGCAGUUCCACAUGCUCAUGAAGACCGGCGAUCCUCUCUACAAAAGGCAGCGAAAAUGGUUGCAGGAUCUGAUGACACCGGCCUUCCUCCACAACGUCGCCGCCGAGCCUAUCUACCAGAAUGUCCUCAAGGUGGUCGAGCUCUGGGAGCACAAGGCUCGGCUUGCCGAGCAACGCCCUUUCGAAGCCUUUGAAGACAUCUAUUACGGUGCUCUCGAUGCCGUCCUGUCGUUCUCCUUUGGAGGCAGCUUCGCUUACACAGCCGUUCCGGCUCGUCUUGAGAUGAUCUCAUCUCUGCCGGACAUCGAGAAACCAACUUCGGCCAACUAUCCUGUGAUCUUUCCCGAAGAGCCUAGGAAUGAGUUUGUCGAGGCCGUCUUGACCUUGGCUGAAAGCGUCGAGGAGGCAAGGAGGGCGGUGUUCCCAAAGAUUCGGUCGUGGUAUAUGCAUCGGACAUCACGGAUCAAAGAGGCUAAAAGAAUCCGCGAUCAGUUCAUAAACCACGAAAUCGACGUUGCCGUGAGGAGGCUCGAAGCCGAUGAGCCAGUGACCUCGGCCGUAGAGCACAUGAUACACCGAGAACAGCUUUUCGCCGAGAAAGAAGGAAGGAUACCAGCUUACAAGUCCAUCGGAAUGCACAGCGAGGUCUUCGGUUUUCUCAUGGCAGGUCAUGAAACCAGCGCCACCACGUUCGGAUGGGGCCUGAAGUUCUUGACGGACAACCAGAACGCCCAAAGAAACCUGAGAGGUCAGCUUCACAAGUAUCUUUCGACGGUAGUGGCUGAGAAACGCCAACCGACCUGCGAGGAGAUCACCAGGACGAGCAUCCCGUACCUCGACGCGACAUUGGAAGAGAUCCUUCGCUGCGCGGGCACAACUUCAGUCACGGAUCGCCAAGCUCUUCAGAAUACCACCAUCCUAGGCCAUCACAUCCCAAAGGACACAAAUGUGGUCAUGGUAACCAUCGGAGAGAGCAUCAUGAAGCCCGAGUUCGAGAUUCCCGAAUCGAAGCGUACAAAGUCCGCCCUGGACGUCGCGAACCGCAUCCGCACCUGGAAAGCGUCGCCAUAUCCCGUCACUGAGUUCCGGCCGGAACGCUGGCUCGUGUCGGCCAAAGACGGAAGUGACGAGACGGUCUUCGAUGCCACAGCUGGACCGCAGAUGGCGUUUGGCUUGGGACCUAGGGCCUGUUUCGGGCGCCGGCUGGCUUAUCUUGAACUGCGCAUGUUUACUGCGCUCUUGAUCUGGAACUUUGAGUUCUUGCCGUGCCCAUCGGAGCUUUCUAGCUAUAGUGGCUACGAUGGUCUGACGGUCAAACCCAGGCAGUGUUAUGUCAGGUUGAGCAAAGCGUCUUUGUGA